AUGAGCGAAACAACUGAACAGCGUGCUUUGUCCAUCAUUCCUUAUCACGAACUUGGGGGAGUGCACCCAGAUGCCAAUGUCGUGGGACCAACGGAAAGGUAUUACAAAUGCAGUGGUGAAAAGGCUGCAGAUCUCCUUGCAAUGUGCAUUGGUCUUACGACUUUCGACUCACGGGAGGGAGGCAAUGUGGAUAUUGAGCCGUACUGCUCAAUGAAGUUGAAGAAAAAGGUAACUCCCACACAGAAGCACUUCUGUGAAGAGAUUCGUCGCCGAUGCAUCCUUGAAGGCAUUGUUCCUGGACCAAAGUGUGGAAACUGGGAAAAGAAGAAGUGUGUCGCUUGGCUGCAGGCACAUCCCCUUCAGAACAAGAACGAUCGUGCCUUUGUUGUUGCCGAAGAGAUAAAACUCUUUGAUCUGGUGAUGAGGGCUGAAGUCAAGAAGAAAGAUGAUAAGAGUGAAAAGAAGGAAAAGGCUUCUCCAUGGGUUCACACCGAGCCAUACAUACGCUUGAUUGAGUGUAUGUUGGACGAUUCCAUCUGCGAACAGUUCCUAGAAAUGUACAGGAUGGGCGACAGAGAGGAGUUAGAUGCCCGCAACUCUGACGACAGGCCUGAAACGGUAUACGAAUCUUGUGCUCGCUCAUUCAAUGAUCCAGACCAUGACGUCUUCUCUCGCUGCUUACCUGAUCUGCACUUCACCUUUGCUGAAGUCUUGGAUUGUUCUUUCGAAAAGAUGCCUGAACAGAUAACUCCGGAUGAAGUCAAGCGCCACUGGGGUGACUGCCGUGCCAAGUUGAUUAAGAUAAUUGCCAAAUGGGAAUUGAGUGGCAAUGGAUUUGGCCAGCGUGUACAGGAAGAUGACGCAUUCGGGCAUCUUGGAGAAGAUGAGUUGCAGUGCGGUGACAACAGGGCAAAUUUCCUCGACUCCCAGACAAAGGAACACAUCCUGUACUUGUGGCAUGUUUCCGAUGACCAAGAGGUUCUGAAGAAUGUGAUGUCUGUUAUCGCUGACUCCUGUGCUGCCAGUACAUUGGCCUGUUCUUCAGUUGCGGCUUCGGAUAAUGCCAGCGCUCGCAAGAGGAAAGUGGACGAGAGAGCCCUUGGUUUCUUCCGUGCCAAGAUGAGUCUUGCCAUGCACACUAUGUCUCGUGCUGCCAUCUGGAAGGAACUUCGCGAAACCCAGGAGAAGCUGUUCGAAUCUCAGCUCACAGUGAUGAAGACAAAGAGCACCAACUUGAGUGAGCUGUACAUGGGACGCAUCCGUAUGCUCGAAGCAAAUGUCACUGCCAUCACAGAAUGUCUUGACGCCUUGGACUGUGAGGAUGACUUGAAAGCCAAGAAAAAGAAGAGGAAGAAGUCGAUCCCCUCACUUGUACAUGCAGGAGUGGUCGACAGUGAUAACAGCGAUGACAGUGAUGACGACGGCGAUGAUGAUGACAAUAUUGUUGCUGGAUCGAAGGAGGCUUCAGUUGGAUACUGA